CGGUAAGUCUGUAAUCGGUACUUUAGUAUCCGAGACUUGUCAGCCCCCCUAAAACCCCGCCUUCGUCCACAUCUUCUGCCUCAACGUAUGAAUUGUACCGAAGAUAACAUGAUGAGAAACACUCCCAAAUGGCCCAAGAAGAGGGUAAGGUUAUCGUGCGACACGAAGCAGCCGAAGAAUUCGUUGUCGCACUUCUCGAGGCAUCGGGGGUGUCCCGGAAGAACGCCGAGAUCGUCGCGCGAGGAUUGGUGCAGGCCGACCUGCGCGGAGUCGAGAGCCAUGGCAUCAACCGCAUCCCGUCCUACCUCUCUCGGAUUCGCAACGGUGUGCUAGACCCUAAGGCCGAGCCUACACUCACCCAGGUAACCCCUGUCGUUGCUCAGGUCGACGGCCACAAUGGUUUCGGCUUCCCUGCCGCCCACCUCGCCAUGGACACGGCCAUAUCCAUGGCGCGCACCUUCGGCAUCGGCAUGGUGAGCGUCAAGCACAGCAACCAUUUUGGCAUGUCGGCCUGGAUCGUCCGGCAGGCCGUCGAUGCGGGCAUGAUGAGCCUCGUCUUUACCAACUCGUCCCCGGCCCUGCCCGUCUGGGGCGGCAAGUCGCAGCUCAUUGGCGUCUCGCCGAUCGCGUGCGGGGCCCCCGGCGGCCCGAGCUCGGUCCCCUUCAUCCUGGAUAUGGCCCCCUCCGUCGCCGCCCGAGGCAAGAUCUACAAGGCCCUGCGGCGAGGCGAGAAGAUCCCCCUGGACUGGGCGCUGGAUGCGGACGGCAAGCCGACGGACGACCCCGAAAAGGCUCUGAAGGGCGUCAUGUUGCCGAUGGGCGGGCCAAAGGGAUCGGCCCUGGCCAUCAUGAUGGACGUCUUCUCCGGCGUGCUGUCUGGGUCUGCCUUUGCCGGAGGUGUUACCGGGCCGUACGACAUGUCGAAGCCGGGCGACGUUGGUCACUUCAUCGUCGCCAUCAAGCCUGAUUUGUUCAUGAGCCUAGACGAGUUUAGGCAGCGGAUGGAUAUCCUCUACCAGCGAGUCGUGGGUUCGGACAAGAUGGAAGGAGUGGACAAGAUAUACUUCCCGGGCGAGAUUGAGCAGCUGACCGAGGCAACAAGGCUCAGCCAAGGGAUUCCCUUUGUUCAAGGCGAGAUUGACGCCUUGAACGCAGAAGCGGACAUGCUAGGCGUACCAAAACUCCGACCAGCAGCUGCUUAGGUAUUGGUCCGGGCCAAAGUGGGAUGAGGCACAACUAGCCCUUCCAGGUGACCUCUUUUUUUACGGCCUAGGUCGAAGUCAGUCUUGGUCAUGCUCGACGUAAUUGAUGGUCGUGGAUGCAAGCACAUCCUCCUUGAUUGCAUCCGAAUGAUGGUCUUCAACAAGUUGAAGAGCACAUAAGGAACGAUACGACAAGCUACAUGUCGCAUACGGAUAGACGUCUGGAAUAAAAGGUGAUUGGAUAAACAAGCGAGUAAAUAGUUGAGUUUCGAGGCUAGAGAUGAGGGGAGCCGCGGGUUUGAACAGUGGGCGGAAAAGGCAACAGAAAGUUUGAUGUCCGGUGGGAAGCUCGUGUGGUGAGG